AUGGUAAAAGUCAUUAUUAUCAUAUUCCAGUCACAAAAAGCAAUUGUUGAUCCAUUUCAGUUCCAAGAGAGAGAGAGAGAGAGAGAGAGAGAGAGAGAGAGAGAGAGAGACAGGAGACAGGAGACAGAGAGACAAAGACAGGAGACAGAGAGACAAAGACAAGAGACAGGGAGACAGACAAGAGACAGGGAGACAAAGACAAGAGACAGGGAGACAAAGACAAGAGACAGGGAGACAAAGGCAAGAGACAGGGAGACAAAGACAAGAGACAGGGAGACAAAGGCAAGAGACAGGGAGACAAAGACAAGAGACAGGGAGACAAAGACAAGAGACAGGGAGAAAGGAGCGAGGGAGACAGGAGAGAGGGAGACAGGAGACUGGGAGACAGGAGACAGACAGAGGAGGGGGAGUGGUAUUCAUUUACAGAGUAGAAACUGUGGUCCCUCAGAAAUGACUUCAGCUUUUUUUUUGAACAAGCUGUCUUGCUUUACCAACUUGAUGUUGUUAGGGAGGUGGUUUAGACGAUUGUGUGCUUCUACGAAGGACACUUUUCUGGUAGGCUGUUGUUCUAGCAUAGGAGACACGAAUGUUAUUGCCAUUUCUUCUUGUGUAAUUGUGCACAGAGCUCUUCAGCUGAUAGGCAUUGGAGAUGAUUCUGAUAGCUCGUUUCUGGGUUUUGAAAACAAAUAG